GCCGCCGCCCCGCGCCGGGGGGAGAUGGCGCCCCGCGCCCCGCGCAGCUGAGCGCCGCCGCCGCCCGCCGCAGAUCAACAGCCAAAAUUUUGAAGGUCGUCAACUUUCUGAUGGUGGUGAUAAGCCAUGGCGACAGAUGAUAAAGUUGCCAUAUUAACUGACGAUGAAGAGGAACAGAAGAGAAAAUACGUGCUUGCCGAUCCUUUUAAUGGUAUUUCCAGGGAACCAGAACCACCUUCAAAUGAAACACCGUCCCCAUCUGAAACAGCUGCUAUUCCUGAGGAGGAAAUAGACUGGAUAGAGAAACACUGCGUUAAAAUAAACAAUGAUCUUCUCAUUUCCAAGGUCUUUUAUUUUUUCUUUUACUCCGCAUAUGGCUCUCUCUACCCCCUUUUGCCUGUGUAUUACAAGCAGCUGGGAAUGUCACCCAGCCAGAGUGGCCUGCUGGUAGGUAUUCGAUACUUCAUUGAAUUCUGCAGUGCCCCGUUUUGGGGUGUAGUUGCAGAUCGCUUUAAAAAAGGCAAAAUCGUCCUCCUCUUUUCUCUUUUGUGUUGGGUUUUAUUCAACCUGGGCAUCGGAUUUGUCAAACCCGCUACCUUGCGAUGUGUACCAAAGAUCCCCCCGACAGCUCACCCCACCAAUUCAAGUCACCCGUUCACUAUCCUGUCGACAAAUUCCUCCAUUGUCUCUUUCAUCACCACCUCCCCAAGAAUUCGUGAGAAAAGGCACGUGCUUUCUUAUGAAGGGCCAGUGAUGUCAGAAGCGGGGCCCAAUGUCACAGAAACUGUCAUCUUCUCGACAGCUCCAAACAAGACCAGGGCACCCACUCUGCAGCCUCAGACUGAUGAAGUUACUGACCAUACUGUGACCUUGAACCCAAGCACUGCAACCUCCUCUGUCCCUCCAGGAAAUGCAACCAGGGAGACAACCACUUCCGUGGCCACUACCACCAAGUCGGUACCUUCUGACCAAGUCACUCUUGUUUAUGAUCAACAAGAAGUGGAAGCUAUAUUCUUGGUGAUCUUGGUAGUUGUCAUAAUAGGAGAAUUUUUCAGUGCCUCCUCCGUCACAAUUGUGGACACAGUAACACUCCAGUAUCUGGGAAAGCACAGAGACCGCUAUGGACUGCAACGCAUGUGGGGCUCCCUGGGCUGGGGCCUGGCCAUGCUGUCUGUGGGCAUCGGCAUCGACUACACCCACGUAGACGUGCUCAUCGAAGGGAAGGGCUGUAAGCCUCCCGAGUACCGGAACUACCAGAUCGUCUUCUUCGUCUUUGGGGUUCUCAUGACCAUGGCCUUGAUUGUUGCCACCCAGUUCCGAUUCCGCUACAGCCACUUCAAAAACAGUGACAGCAAAGGGAAGGAGGUGGAGAUCCCGCAGGUGGAGAGGAACAGCUCCACGGAGUCGUCUGAGGAGACCCCGACCGCCACCAGCCACUCGCGGGCCUUCAGCUUCUGGGACUUGAUCAGGCUGCUCUGCAGCGUGCAGUACGGCUCCGUGCUGUUCGUGGCUUGGUUUAUGGGUUUUGGGUAUGGCUUCGUGUUCACCUUUCUCUACUGGCAUUUGGAGGACCUGAACGGAACAACAACUCUCUUUGGGGUCUGUUCCGUCCUGAGCCACGUGUCUGAGCUGACGGCUUAUUUUUUCAGUCACAAGCUUAUUGAACUGAUUGGCCACAUCAGGGUUCUGUACAUUGGUCUGGCCUGCAAUACAGCUCGCUAUAUUUAUAUUUCCUACCUGGAAAACGCCUGGACUGUUCUGCCCAUGGAAGUUCUUCAAGGAGUGACACACGCGGCCAUCUGGGCGGCCUGCAUCUCUUAUCUCAGUGCCGCGGUUCCCCCUGAGCUGAGGACGUCUGCUCAGGGCAUCCUGCAAGGCCUUCAUCUGGGUUUGGGGAGAGGCUGUGGUGCCAUGAUCGGAGGCGUGUUGGUCAACUUUUUUGGGGCUGCUGCAACCUUCCGAGGAAUUGGCAUGGCCUGCCUGGUGAUCCUCCUGCUCUUUGCCCUGAUCCAGUGGCUGGCAGUACCAGAUGAGGAAGAAGACAAGACGAUGUUGGCAGAAAGGAUCCCUGUCCCCUCUAGCCCUGUUCCCAUAGCAACCAUCGACUUGGUCCAACAACAGACAGAAGAUGUUCUGCCACGCACUGAGCCCAGGCUUCCCCCCAAGAAAACCAAGCACCAGGAAGAGCAGGAGGAUGUGAACAAGCCCGCCUGGGGCGUCAGUUCGUCCCCCUGGGUGACCUUUGUCUACGCACUCUACCAGAUUAAAGAGAUGAUGCAGCUCACGAGAGACAGCCGUGCUUCUGAGAUACAGCCUCUGCAGUUGCACAUAGGAAAGGAGAUGAAAGGGGACCAGUGAGAAUCAGAAAAAUUCUCCAGCUGGUGGAGCCCAGCCUGGACCAUGUGAGGCUCCCCCUGACCCGCCCAGAAGCCAGCCAUCCCCUCCAGCAGCCGCAUCUCAGACGCAGAGCAGCCCCGCUCACCCCAGUGUGGACCCGCGCGCAGAGGACAGUGAGGACCGCCAGGCUCCGCCUGCCGCCGGGGGUCACUGAGGCGUCCCGCUCACCUCACGCCCUGCAUGGAACCGGGCUCCUCUGCCAGGACGCGGGGAGAGGCACCCCGAACCUAGGACACGCCUCACUUGAGGAGCAUAGCACCACAUACGCUUCUAAACACCUGAACUCAUCACCAUGGAGACACUCACACGCACACGAGCUACAGUACAUAUUGGCAGAAACAGGUCACCUCCCACAGCCCCACCGGAGUCACAGGAGGAGGACGGAGCUCAGUGAGGACUUUGUAGGUUAAGGACCACAGGACUUCCCUGCCAGGGCAGUAAGAGCUGGAACCAGCAGUUACACUAAAUGGGUGGAGGGGAAAAAAGUGUUUCAAGGUGAAUGCUGAUAUAAGUUCCCUCUUCUGAUUCUUUAUUCUAAUUAUUUGGUUCUUAAUGCAAACUGGGAAGAAACAGAAUACAUCUAUAAUUUUGUUUCUUUUAAAAAGAACCAUUUAAAAAUUAUAAGACUUAUUUUUAAAAUAACCAGAUAAAAGUUGGUAGCAUCUAUGCUUUUGUUUAAUAAGAAAAAAAAGGAAAAAGUUUCAUCAGAAACUCGAGAUAUCUCUAGGAAAUAUAUUUUUAUAUGUGUAUGGUAUAUAAUGAAAAUAGUCAAUUCUUGGAGCAGCAAAAGCUGUUACUGACCACUGCAAGCUAAGCUGAGCUUUAAAAUGCCUUCUGUUUUAAAUGGGCUUUAAGACCAGAGGAAGGAAUAUUUGAAAUAAACCAACCAACUCAGUAUGCUGUGGCUUGAUAGACAAAGGUUUACUAAAUAUAUUGAAACUGUAAAUAGCCUCUAUCACUAUUUACAGCUUUCUAGUGAUUUGGGCUCUAAUUAGCUGAUGGAAUAAAACAAACACAAAAUCAGUGAAUUCCUAAGGGUUUCUUUUAAUUAAGCAGUACUACUUACAAAUAAGUGCCUGGGGGAGGGAUAAAAUUUUUUAAAAUUACAUAAUGGCUCAGUUUUUGUUUUGUUUUUGGUGAGGGAAAAAGGUGGUGAACAGGAAGCCAGGAACGGAAAAGACAGAAAUAAGAAGUACACUUUCCAAUGACUUAUGACACAAAUAUCAGUAUAUUCUUUCCCAUGAGGACACAGUCAGACACUGGACAAUUCAGGUAUGAGCACACUACUGUAAAUACUACAACUACAGUCAGGACCGUGGCCAGGUGACUCAUGCAUAAAGCUUGCUGCUAAAAAUCAAAGUCGAGAUUACAGGAAGCCUUGGGGGAGGGCUGUGGACCAGGGAACACUGCUUCAGCUGAAGAAAGGGCAGUUACGCAGUGCGUACGAUAGUGUGGAUGAGCACAGAGGAGAGGAAAGAAAAGAGCAGAGUUAAAAAUGAAAAGCUCACCUUACUCUCUGACCCUAAUUAGGCAGGACCAACUGUAAAGUAAGGGCUUCUCCACGACACCAUACUUCUGCCCACAACAGCAUCUGGGGGAAGAAACUCUACACUUGGAUAUCUAGCUUCACCACAGAACACAGCUUAAAAAUAAAAUAAUGGGAAGGAAUAGAAUUAAGCAAAUAGUUAUUUUUGCACUUGACUGAAAUGUACUGUACUGUAAAUUAUCAUGGCUCAUUUUAAGUGACCUUUAAAAAUCAGAUGUAUUUAUUAUGCUUAUGUAAUUAUAGAAAUAGAGAGAUGGGUGACAGGCUGAACCUCACCUAUGAAUAUUCAGUAUGUGGAUUUGUGAAACUGACUGUAGGAAGUCAAAAAACUUCUACUGUAUCUUGUGUUUACAGUUCUGAUUUAUUCUUCUGAAAAGCCUGCUGCUUUGGAAAUGCACAGUUGACAUGUUCAAAUAAAAAUAAAUACCAUUUUUAAAUA